GCUUUGGUUGGUUGUCAAUCUAUCAAGAUGGUUGGACCAGCACCAUUUGUUGAUAUAGGCAAAAAAGCCAAAGACCUCCUGACAAAAGAUUACAACUUUGACCAGAAGUUUACUCUUUCAAUGCUGAGCUCCACUGGAAUGGGGCUUACAGCCACAGGGCUCAAGAAGGACCAAAUUUUUUUUGGAGACAUAAAUACUGUGUAUAAGAGUGGAAAUACUACCGUGGAUGUGAAAGUUGAUACCUAUUCUAAUGUGUCCACAAAAGUGACUGUCAAUGAUGCAUGGCCAUGUUCCAAAGCUGCUCUAAGUUUUAGGAUACCUGAUCACAAGUCCGGCAAGUUGGAUGUCCAAUAUCUUCAUCCUCAUGCUGCCAUUGAUUCUAGCAUUGGCCUGAAUCCAACUCCUCUAUUGGAGCUUUCAGCAACAAUCGGCAGCAACGAGAUUUAUUUGGGUGGUGAAGUUGGAUUUGAUACAGCUUCUGCUUCUUUUACAAAGUGUACUGCUGGGAUAAACUUGAACAAGCAAGAUUUCUCUGUUGCUCUUUUUCUGACUGAUAAAGGACAGGCAUUGAAAGCAUCAUAUAUCCAUUCUGUCAACCCCUUCACUUCUGUUGCUGCUGAAAUGGCUCAUAGAUUUUCCACCUAUGAAAACUCUUUCACCAUUGGGAGUUCUCACACCGUGGAUCCAUUUACCGUGGUAAAAACACGGUUCUCCGACAACGGGAAGGUUGCAAUGCUCUGCCAACGUGAAUGGAGGCCCAAGUCACUCGUAACUUUUUCGGCGGAAUACGAUCCAAAGUCCAUGAAUGCAUCCCCUAAGAUGGGGCUUGCCAUUGCUCUCAAGCCUUGAUGCCGUUUUUGGAUU